CAAGAUGCUACACAGAACAUCGUCGUCUCGUCGACGGCGAGCCUCCAGGAGUGCAGCUACUUCUCCACAAGCGAGAUCACCAAGAGCGUCAGCACAACCCUCGAGGAGAGCUUCACUAGCUACUACAGAGACUGACGAUGAAAUCGACUCUCCACCACCACCACAAAGAAGUCCUCGAGCCAGCCUCGCACCAGAUGCAGCUCUGGAAUCAUACCAUCGAAGUCCGCGCCACUCUUUAGCACCAGAAAUAAGAUCGGCUAGAAAUUCUGUCACUCCUGACACUGCGAUGAACCCUAGGAACACUUUAACGCCAAAUAGAAACAAUUUAGGAGUAGAAUUAUCAUAUGGGUCCAGGUUAAGUCUGAACCCGCAGGACUUCAACAGGAGUCCACGGAACAGUAUUACGCCUGACGUAACAGCAAGGAGUCCAAGGAGAAGUUUGGUCCCAGAAGGGACAUCUUGGAAUUUACCUAGAAAUUCCUUAGUGCCAGAUGUAGGGAGAAGUCCAAGGCAUUCUGUGGCGAGUAUACAGAUAGAUCCUGCUAGGAGUCAAAAAGACCUGGGGCCUUCUACAAGAACGAGCCCUAGAGGAUGUGGGGGUCCAGAGGCUUCAAUGAAAAAAGACUUGCCAGAAAUUAAUAGGAGCCCACGAGGAUCUUUGAUUCCUGAUUCUCAGAGAAGUCCCAGGGGAAGUAUCGCUCCGUCGGAAAGGAGUGCCCGAGGUAGUUUAGUGACGGGUGAGGUAGAUGCAUCUAAAAUUAGUCCGAGAGGGAGUUUGACGUUGACUUUUCAAGAACCGUUGGUAUCAAGGGAGAGGCGGGCUAGUGAAGACAGUCAAGCUGCAGGAACUAGGGGCAGGAGCGUGUCACCGUACCGAGCGUCACUCGCAGGCCGCCAGGGGACCACUGGAGCCUUAUCAGACACUGGAUCUAGGAGAGCCUCUAGUUCUGUGAGCCAGGUGUCAGGCGACGAGCAGCGCCGACUAUGCGGGGAACAAGAGAAGUACAGCGAGCGCGGAGGCCUGGGCCUGGGCGUGGGGCUCACCACCUACGGCUCCGUGGCCUACCAGCUCAAGGACGCCAACAUGGAGGCCUCGGGCACCGUGGACUUCGUCUGCCGCGCCGCCAAGAUCAUGAAUAGAACAAUCGUGAUGACCGUGUUCCUGGCCUGCCUUUCAACGUUGCCUGUGAUAAUGCUAAUAAUGGGUGUCCAAUACAUCCGUGACUGCCCGGCCGAGCCUCGAAUCCCGGUCUACAUGGUGGUCGGCGGCGCCGCCGGCGGGGCGGGCAUCUGCUGGCUGCUGUGGGCGCAGCUGGCGAGCAGGAGCGUCAACAGCGCGCCCAGCGUGCCGGAGAGGGUCCUCGCUUAUAUGCUUACGGUGUUCCUUUUGGGCUGGUUCGCAUUCGGCAACUACUGGACACUCGGCAUCAUGUGGCCAGACUAUGCACCAACACUGUUCGAGCCCAACCAGUGGUGUCAUAGGACUCUAUACGUGUUUGCGCUGACGCAGCUAGGAGUGGUAUGGGGAGUCAUCGCGCUGUUGCUGCUACUUUUGUUGGCGCUGGUGGUCUGCCAAGUGUUCGGCUGCGGCUGGCUCGGUCCGCCGCGCUUCAAGUAGCAGCGGCGCAGCGUCGUGCUGGAGCUGUGGCACCGCAACAUCAACAACACCAUGGACGUGGCCGGCGCGCUGCUGCCCUUCACGCACGUCGUGCGGCCCGAGCUCAGCGUGCACGUGCAAGAAGUCCUCUCCCAGGCCGAGCGGAACGAGAAAAUCCCGGAGAUCCGGGAGCCGGACGACGCCCGGCACGCGGCCUGAUGGUGGUUGGUGGUGCUGCCGCGUCCUGACAAGCGCGUGCGCUUCGGACCUAAGGACAAGGUGUACUAUUUCUGACUGGUUCGUGUGUGUGCUUUUAGGAUA